AUGAUUUUCAUUUACGAGUAAAGAUUUAUUAUGAAUACGUUCAGAGUGAUUGUGUUUGCAGUUCUUUAUUGUGCGACGUGCCUCUGCGAUUUGGAUGUAUCCAGCUGUGAGGUGGCCACGAGGACCGAGCAGGGGCUUGUGUGUGGGAGGAGGAGGAAGGCCACCAAUGGGGAGGACUACGCCAGCUUCAGAGGGAUCCCUUACGCCAAGCAGCCUCUUGGGAGACUUAGAUUCAAGGAACUGCGACCAGCCGAGCCUUUUCAUGGAGUUUUCAACGCGACAGAAACAGGCCCCAUCUGCCCACAAGUGGACAUCUUCUUCGGCCCGCUCAUGGCACCCAGGUCCAUGGGCGAAGACUGCAUUCGGAUCAACAUUCACGUGCCUUACCAGUUCUUUCCUGAUGUCAGAACUGGCAGUACCAAGCAACUCCUGCCAGUCUUCUUUUGGAUCCAUGGGGGAUCAUUAAACUAUGGCUCUGGGGACCCGGAUUUCUAUGGCCCAGAGUAUCUGAUGACUAAAGACAUAAUCCUUGUCACAAUCAAUUAUAGGCUCAACGUAUUCGGCUUCCUCAGCCUGGGAAACAAAUACAUCCCCGGAAACAACGGGAUAAGGGAUUGCAUCGCGGCCCUCAAGUGGGUCCAGAAAAACAUCAGGAAUUUUGGAGGAGACCCUGAUAGAGUGACGUUGGCUGGACAGAGCGCUGGUGGUGUGCUGGCCCAUAUGAUCUCAGUCUCACCUGCCUCGAAAGGACUAUUUAAACAAGUAGCAGCACUGAGUGGGCAAUCUGCUUACGGAAUGUUCAGUUACUCCCGAAAAUAUGCCAGUAUUGUCAACGCCAUCUUCUUCAUUGCCAUUGGGAUAAAUCCUCUGCAGCCUCCAAAGAAGGUCCACGACGAUCUCGUGGCAGCACCUUUAGAGAGACUUUUGUAUGGACAGAAAGCUAUUCUGGACGUAUUGGGCGUAGUAGCAUUUGUCCCUAUUAUAGAAACACCACAACCAAGCUUCACGACCGUCCUACCGAAAGAGCCAGAAGAACUAGUGAAUGAGGGCGCUGGAAAAGAGUAUCCUACAAUCAUAGGCUUAUGUAGCAACGAAGGAAUCAUUCUGUAUCCACGGCUAAAGGAAGUACACAUGGCGGAAAAAUUGAAGAUGAUGCCAGCGCUGACUUUGCCUCUAAGCUUGCUGAUGGCGGCUAACUUGGAGACGAUACCAGUUCUGACGACUAUACAGCUGGCGAAAUACUUUAACUACACGAACAUAACUCUGAUCAAAUUCCUUAAUUCAGUAACGGACUUGUCUUAUACGUAUCCAGCGCAAAGACUAGCUCGAAAGAGGCUAGCGACUGGGGCAGCUAAAACCUAUUUCUAUCAGUUCAAUUAUAAAUCAAAGAAACAUCCUCUUAAGCUGAGAUUUAAUAUGACAUAUCCAGGAGCUGCUCAUCUAGAAGAUAUCACGUAUUUCUUCAGAUUGAACGCCUUCCUUGGGCCCCAGACUAAGUUGAAUGAGUUAGCGCAUUCUGAUGAUGAUAGUCGAAUGAAGGACUGGAUGACUACAAUGAUAUCUAACUUCGUUAUCAAUGGGUCGCCAGCAGUAAAUGAGAGCGACUGGCCUCCCUGUCAAGAGGACCUGAGGUACCAGCACAUAGAGAAGCCCUUUAAAUACAACUUCACAACCCUAACACCAUACAUGAAGGAUAACAUCAAAUACUGUAACAGACUCUUUAAAAUCGCCCUUGGAGUAUGAAAUG